AAUUUGUUUAUAGAAACAUGGCGGCAAACGUGUGGUGAAUGAAUUUUCACUAUUGAGAGAAAAUGUUUCGAUUUUCGGAUUGCCCUGGAAUAGAUCGCAUUUGUAAAUAACUGACUUUGUUUUUAUAUCUUACUUACUAUUAGAGUUUCGCUUUUGAGAUAAUGACAAUUCGCCUGUGAAUUACUAUGUAAGCUCACGAUUAGAGGAUUGUCGAGUAUUUACGUUGGUAAACAACAAUUUUGCUGCGGUUGGCAGAAAUUUUUCGAAGUCAAACCGUAAUCUCCGAAGUCAAUCUACAAGACGUCUUGUUGUCUUUUUACAUCAUUUUUAUUUUCAGAACGCCUCUGAAAUGAGAGCAAGAAUCGUAUAAUCGAUGACGUCAUAGGCGUGGAUGGCAUCAUCGCGCGACAAACUCCAAUUCCUCAGCAAAGUAGCUAGUGUGGACGAAGAUGAACUUCCAUCGGAUCUGGAAACGGCAUCGGAUACCUAUGAGCACUAUCAGUUUCAUUUAUCCGAUGCCUACGAAUUAUGUAAAGUGUUUGAGGACAUAUUCAAGGCUACUGGUUCAGAUGAGCGCAUGAUAAGGCGCCUCGAUUCUGAAAUUUUUCAACAUAACAAAUGGUCCGUUACUUUUGCUCUUAAGUACAAAUUAAUGAGGACCCUCAUUGCUCAAAGGGCGAGAUUAUCAAUCAUAAGAGAUUGUGUAAUUCGGCUCAAGUCUUUUACAACGUUCGUUCAGGAUGUCGUUAAUGUUGCUAGACAAGAAAUGGAAAGUUGGGAUGCUAUUUGUCGAAAUUCUCUCGAUUCACCACCGCAAUCAAAGCUAGACUGUCUAAAUUCGAUUUGUGAUGAUUUACGUGUGCAUACUAACCAUUUCUCGUCUAUCGUUCAUUGCCUGCAUAAUUCGUCGAAUCAUUUGGGAUGUUCUGUAUUACAAUUGGCUGUUCAAUUAACAGCUAUAGAGAAGCGUGUUAAACGUCUUAGAGAUAAAACAAUAUUAUGGAUGGAGCGUUUUAUAAAAGUUGGUAUCAAAGUUCUAGCUCACAGUGAUCUGGAAAGAACAACAUCUGAUGUAUUAUGGAAUAUCGCAAGAGGAAUCGAGGAAUACAACGCCAUAGUCCUAUCGAUCAAAGAUUGCUCAUGCAAUCCACAAUCGAUAGCUUUUACCGAGUUACUUAGUUGUAUGGCCUGUGAAAAGGCCAAGUACGUAGCCAUACAUACUUACCGUCAUAUCGCCUGUUCGGAUGAAAUUCAUCACGUACUCAGAAAGUCGAAAGAGAAGGAGAGAAUCCUUGAUUUAUUAGAUAGAAUCUCUCCCGUAAUGGAAGUGUAUCAGAAUGAUUGGCAAAUAUUAUCGAACUUUCUAAGUGUAUUCGCCCAGUCAACUUCACUCCUUCGUUCCUCUCUGCGUUCUUCAUCAACAAGUAAACGACGUAAAAGAAAAAAUAGUAGUAGAAAGUCAAAAAAUGACAAAAAAACAGUGAAAUGGGAAGACACUGACGAUUACGGUAUAAGAGAGAAAUUAAUGCAACAUUACGCCGAUGCUCUUUGGAUGCACUUUGGAGGUUUAAUAAGUGAUUUCCUGGAUGAAAUGUGUUGGGGUAGCGUCGACGACUGUGAAAGAAUGAUGGGAAGGAUAUUGUCAGACGAACUAACGACCCUAGUAUCAGUUAGUCGGCCAAAAUGCGCUGAUGAGAGAAUUCUACUGACGUAUGAUGAGAAUUCCACUUACGUACUGGCUGAAUUGAUACAUCAACGACUAAGUACUGUUGCAAUAUCGAUGCAGACGUUGUCUAGUAGUAUCACGAAACGAUUUAGUGAAAUUUUUCGGAAGAAAGCUUUAGAUUUUUUUGAAAGCUCUCUACCAGUGGGUAAAGUAUGGAAGAAGAAAGGAGAGCCACCGUGUGAUCCCUUACCUUAUGCUGAAAGAGCCAUAGAUGAACUAGUUGAACCAGUUAUCGACGCUUGCAACAGCCUGAGCCCGAACGCUCAAACCUCAGCUUUUUGUAUUACUCUGAACGCAUUAUGUUACGCUUGGACGAGCGUUAUACUACAGAAAAAAAUUCGAUUUAGUGUCAUUGGAGCGAUGCAACUUCAGCAAGACUUUAAUUAUGUAAAAAAUUAUUUAAAUAAUAUGAUCCAAAAUGAGAUUGUUAAGCAGAGCGUGCUCGAAAUGGAUAUCUUCAAUGAAUUAAAGGGUAUUGUCGAGCUGCUGCUGGAACAGCCGCGUUACGGUCGAUCAGCUAGUAGAGGACGAGUCCCGUCUAGUAUGUGUUGCGACGAAUCAGCUGUUUCUACUGUUGAGUCUGCCUAUCAAGCUUCCAAUGGAUUCGGAACAUCCCGUCCCUCUUCGGUUCCAAAUGCUAACUUAUGGCUGUCUCUCCGAGUUCAUGGAGGUAGCAGAAGCUGGAAAAUUCCGUCGUGUUUUACGGCUACAGGAGAGUAG